AUGUCCAUUCCAAAUGAAGCUCUCCAGAAGCUUGUACAGGAGAUCGAAUCACAGGCUGUUGCUGCUCAGCAACAGAUCAACGUCGUCAGGACUCAGAUAACUGCGAAGCAGCGGGAAAUGCGCCUAUUAGAGCUUACUUCCGGGGAGAUUGGCCAAGUCCCAAAGGACACGAACGUAUAUGAAGGCGUAGGCAAAAUGUUCGUUGCCACGCCGAUAGAUAAGGUGAACACCAGACUGUCAAAGGAGACGAAAGAACUAAAAACAGAGAUUACAUCUCUCGAAAAGAGGCUACACUACUUGGAGACGACGCAUAAAAACAGUCGCGAACAUAUAGAACAGAUGCUGCGGAGUGGCGGAAGGUCAUAG